GAUUUUAUUAUUAGAUCUCUUUGCAACAUAGUUUGGUUAACUUGUAUUUAUACUGUGAUAGAGAAGUUCUAUUAAUAAUGUGAUAAGAAAAUUGUGUAAAAAAUGAGUUUAGACAGCAGUAAUGAUUAUGAAGAUAAUAGACCUAAAACACCACUGGAGGAAGAUUGUUGUGGUAGUGGCUGCACACCAUGUAUUUUCGAUAUUCACAAAACACUGCUAAGAGAAUGGGAAUGUAGAAAAACUCGAGUAGAAGUAAAAAUAACCGAUAAUUUAUUAUCUCUUUUAUCUUAUAAAACGUUUGUUAUCACAGAUAUAUCUGAUGCAUCAGAAGAUUACAUUUUAAUUUAUUUGGAAUAUCCAGAAUACAAAACAAAACAAAAUAUUUUACAUCUUACACCUGGACAAUAUGUCAUACUGCAUUCUUGGAGCAAAUCUCGACCAUACACUCCAAUUUCUUGGACACAUAAGAGUUUAAUUUUCUUGAUAAAAUUAUAUAAACAUGGUGAAUUCAGUUUACUUAUAAAAAAUGCAUCAAUUGGAAGUGCAAUUGAUAUCAGGGGUCCUUACGGAGAUUUCAAAUAUGAAAGUAACAGUUUUCAGCAAAUUGUCAUGUUCGGUAUCGGCUCAGGAAUAGCAGCGCUUUAUCCCAUUGCUAAAGCAAUCGUUGACGACGAAACGGAAUUAACAAAAGUACAUCUUGUUGUGGGAUUUAGGUCGAUAGCGCAGGUGCCUCUGAAAAAAGAGUUAACGUAUUUAGCAAAUUAUUGGAAUUUUAAAUGUACAUUACAGUUGUCCCAGUUAAAUGACAAGACAGUCAAUCUUCAUGGUUUUAAUAUAAAUACUGGUCGUUUGAGCAAACCACUCGUUGCUGAUUAUCUUCAAUCUAAUGAUAUAGAAACAACAUUAAUUUUAAUAUGUGGUACCUCAGAAUUCAAUCAGUCUGUAAAAGAAUGGCUCCAAGAAAUUAACUAUACACACAUACAUAUAUUUGAAUAA